GUGGGUGACCAGCUAGUGAGCGUGAAUGGCUUCCGCGUGGACGAUGCCGUACAUGCAGAGCUGGCGCAUUACCUAGCUUCCCAGUCUAGACUGAAGAUUAAAGUUAGACAUGUGGGAAUGCUUCCUAUGAAAGAAAAAGUCCACGAGGUGCUUUCAUGGCAAUUCGUAUCGGAGCGUGGAUCUCUGGGCUCAGAAGUAUCGUCGUCUCCUACGCUCUGUCAUGAGACUGAACGUUUGUCCGAUUUACGACUAUCCGUCCUGGUGCCGCCAAGAGCUAAAUUAGGCUGCGGAAUCUGCAAAGGCCCAGAAUGGAAACCUGGCAUAUUUGUUCAAUUCGUCCGAGAUGGCGGUAUAGCUAAAGAUGCCGGACUUAGGCCGGGUGACCAAAUUUUGUCCUGUAAUGGAAUAGAUUUUUCCAACGUGGCUUUUAAUGAGGCUAUAUCUGCUAUGAAGGCUAGUGGACGUCUAGAACUGGUGGUGCGUGAAGGUGCAGGCACUGAGCUUGUGUCACCCGAGAGCUCGGGGUACAACAGCUCGGCCUCAUCCGCAGCCGGGGAGAGGAGUCCGGCGCCGGCCGCGCCUCACGUGCCUCUCGCGCCACCUGCAGCGCUGCGCCGCCGACUUGCAAGUGUUGCUGAAGAAGCUGCUGAUCGGGCUGACUGGUUGACUUUGAACAGACUUAAACGACGCACGUGGGACAGUUUAGACUUUGAUUGGAAGAAUAGUGACAUACACAACUUCGACGCUCCUUCAGAUAUAGAACCUGAUUAUGACAGCCCCAGUAUACCAAACAACCCACACACAUUCGAAAAUAAAACUAAUUCGAGAAAUAAUAAAGAAUACGUCACGAGUCCAUCGAACAAAACCAUCAUUAAUUUAACAGAAGACGGCGCCACUAUACAAUGUAGCUACAACAAUCAAUCGCCUAGAAAAAAUACGUAUUCUACAAACAAUACCAAUAGGAACAACGACAAAAAGACAAUAGUAGUAGAAGUACAUCACACGAGUACAGCCAUAUGUGGAAAAUCGAGUUGCAAUAAUUACAAUAUGCUGCCCAUGAAGAAUGACUUAAACUCCGAUUCUACAAGUGUCUCUAGUUCAAAUACAUUAUCAAGUGCCAUUGCUGAAGAAAUACAACGAAGGAAGCAGAACAAGAAAAACACUCCUCCAGAAAAUAACCCGCCGUUAAAUCCAGUAAAGAAAAAUGUACCAAAAACAGUAGAUAAUGACAAAAAGAAACAACACGAUGCUCUUAUGGAUGAAUUCAAAAAGGUCCACAGAAAAAUGUUUUCUGGCGUUGAAAACGAGACCACGACAAUCCAAGAGAAUAAAGAUGGCGCGGAGACUUUGGAACGUCAAAAUUCGAAUAUGAAAAAGCCAGAGAACACACAUACAGAUACUAUUAGCAAGAAUCAUCCUCAGACGAAGAGGGAAGCGACGGACAACCCACCACCUCCACCACCGAUGCCCACUACAAAUUCUCAACAAAAUGGUAUUAAGAAAAUAAAUGAUUCAGAACAUCACCAACAUAUCUCGAAACUUCUUGAUGAUCUCAAAGCACCCAAUUGUAGAAAAAACGGGACGUUGAUGCGAACUCCCACACCUGAUUAUCACGACAAAUCUAAUACAGUUCAGCUAAGAAAAGUUAAAGACGAAAAAGCUGAACUAGAAUCAUUAGAAUCGUAUAAAUUAAAAAAUCCCUUAGGCGUGCAACCAAAACCACCUUCGAAUUAUUUCGUUAAAGCACCCAAUGGCACUGCUACUAUGAAAAAACACGCUAGACCGGUAUCAGUAACUAUUGGCGAAUAUGUUCACAAUGGAAACAGCAAACGAGAACCUACGAAACUUGACUUCUUAAUUGGGGAUAGAGUCGACGGCUUCAACGAAGCUAAUGAUGUGCCGAUAACUAAUAGACUACAGUCGGAAUUGGCUUUAACGCUUUCUAGGUCCAAUUUACGAAAGAAGACUGAAGCUUUGGAAAUAGAUAUUUGUGCGCUUGAGAAAGAAGACAAUGAAUCCUCUCUAGACAAAAACUUCAAAGCAAGAUAUGGAAAUAACCUGUUGCCAUUGCCACCUUCAAUUUCAAUACCUAAAGUCAUUCCUAAAAUACAAAAUUCAUCAAAGUGAAUACUAGCAGAUGCCAGUCGAUAAAGAAUUCAAGGAAAUCUUUCUGCGAUCUACUAAAACUGUAUAAUGUUAAAUGCGAAAUUUCUGUGAGGAUAUCGAAAUACCAUGUUCUCGGCAUUGAAUAGUCAUAUCAAUUAUAGCAUAAAUAAUAUCUUCUUAUCAUCGAGAUUCUUCAGAAAUGUUUAUGCAAAAAUCACAAUUAAGUUUUAUAAAUAAGUAACCUUGAUAUGAAAAUAAUAAAUGUUAAUAACCAAAGUUAGAUAAAUUUAUAACUAUAAAACGUGUGAUGGAUGUAAUUGCUUAUAAUGCGCAAGGUGGAACAGGCAAGAUUAAAAAAGUUUCGCUGGAUUAUUCUUUAUAAGUCUCUUCGCGGCUGAUAUAGAUAUAAAUAAUGAAGCUUUAGACCUAGGAAACAAUAAAAACAAAACAGCAGAAAAUAUGUAAAUUCAAGAAAGGGGUGGGUGCAAUAGAAAAACUACCUAGAAAAGAUGAUAAAAUAUAUGAAAUACGUACGGAUUAUAUUCAGUCAGACAAAUCCAUACUGUUCCACCUUGCAAAUUAUAUAAUAUAGUAGAUUAUAGUGUAUUGUGUCGUUCGUGAAAAAAUAUGAAAUUUAAUUUUCUUGCAUUCAAAUAUAUCAAGUGUAAAUAUACAUACAGAUAUUUAUAAAAUAACUAAGGACUAAGGUAAUAAAGUGCUGGUGUGUAUGCGUGCA